GCAUUACGCGCAUCGACAAACGGCAGCGCAGUGACUAAAGAGGGCCUGGAAGACACAGUAAGAGAGACGCCCACUAGAAGGAAAAGGGAGAGGAAUGGGCGUCGCCUUUUCGUCCCUCUGGGGCAGCCUCUUUGGCACAAAGGAGCUCAAGAUCUGCAUCCUGGGCCUCGACAAUGCCGGCAAGACGACGCUGACGUAUCAAAUGACCAUGGGCCAGGCCGUGGCGACGGCGCCGACGGUGGGCAGCAACACGGAGCACUUUACGUUCAAGAAUCUGCGCUUCCUUCUCUGGGAUGUGGGGGGCCAGGCCAGCUUGCGGGCCAGCUGGACACAGUACCUCUCCAACACCGAUGCCGUCGUCUUUGUCUUUGACUCGACGGACCGCGAGCGCGUCCAGCUCGCCAGGGAGGAGCUCCACCGGGUCGCGAGCGACGAACAAAUCGCAAAGGCGCCCAUCCUCCUCUUUGCCAACAAGCAGGACGUCGCGGGAUGCAUGACGCCAGCCGACAUCUCCGAGGCCCUCUCACUGACGAGUCUGCGGCUGCAGAACUGGCACAUCCAGGGAUGCUCAGCCUUGACGGGCAAAGGCUUGACCGAGGGCCUGGACUGGCUCGCAAACAGCCUGGGAGCAAAGGGGUAGCACGGAGGGAAAGGCGUCCGGAAAGGAACUGAGAGGAACCAUCUGUCAUGUACGAUAUAGACAUUCAGCAGCUGCAAUGCACAGCAUCAUCAUCGUUCCGUC